UGAAUAACAGGAUGUUGGUUUUGGACCUUGUAAUCUAAGGGAAACGUUUUUGUCAUUAGACACAGCCCACAGUGAGACAUUCACAUAUAAACCAGGAGUCCGACCACAAUGGAGAUCGGUGACAUGAUUGAGAUAAACAGAGGUGCAUACAAACACUGGGCUCUGUACAUUGGAAAUGGAGAGGUCAUCCAUGUGGUAACUCCAGAUGGGCCUUCAAGAGUAGCUUUCUGCAGUGUUAGCUCAUCCAGCAGCAGUCUUCCCUGUAAAGGCAUGGUAACAAUAGAGAUGUUAAAGGAUGUGGCAUCAAGGAAUACUUACAAAAUCAACAACUACUUGGAUGACGAGUUCAAACCAAGGCCGACUGACGUCAUUAUGGGGGAUGUGGACAAAAUGAGAGGCCGUACAAUAAAAUAUGGCCUCCUUGGAAACAACUGCGAGCAUUUUGUUACUUUCCUCCGUUAUGGCAGAUCAAAGUCCAAACAGGCAGAUGACUUCAUGAAGGAUUUGUUCAUUGGUUCUGGCCUGCUUGGUGGAGUGGCUGUGGUUGCCGCUGUUGCAUUUGCUGCCGCUGCUGCAGCAAUCAAAGUUUUUAAAUAGGUACCUUGGGUAUUUCAUGAGUCCAUGGAGAAUGUCAGUAAUGCAAAAUGUUGUUUAUAGCCUAAUGAAUAAAGGACCAUCUCAAAGACCAA